AUGUCAGGAAUUAUGCUAAUUGUGACCGGAAUGGGAGAAAUUCGCUUUUUCCGGGAAGAAUUCUUCUCUCGAAUUUUCUUCAUGCUUCCCUUUCUCUGGACCUCUGCCGGCUGCUUGUUGGGCUUUCUUCUAAUCUGUUGUGGCGUUUUGUCGUUUUUGUUUAGAAAUAUUUUCGUAACGGAAAUUCCUAAAAACAAUUCCGACCUCGUUAGGGCAAAAGGCAUCUUUUGGCAUUUGUUUGCCAAAACAAAAAGUGAUCUUAGGGAUCGGCAGAGUUUCGAGAAUCUUCAAGACAUUCUCGGCUGCUGCGGAGUCGAAUCCUUCUCCGACUGGUCCUCCCACUAUCAAGAAGAAAAAGCAACCUCUAACGGUACAUCUUUGGCAUCUCGUUACGAUUUGCCCAGUUCCUGUUGCGUUCAAUUGUCGCCGCCAGAAGAAUUUUUAGAAAACCCAAGCGAGCUCUUUUGUCAUUCUGAAUUGCCGACCAUUGCGGAGAACAAGACUUCUGAGAUGGAAUUUUUAAGGGUUUAUGACUCAGGCUGCUACGUCGCCUUUCGCGAGCUUCUCCAAACAAAUGGCGAACUCUUAAUUCCAAUUUCGACAGCUGCCGCCGCUGUAUUUUUAAUUCUCGCCUUGGUCGCAACUUGGCACGGAAUAGAAGUCUUCUUAUUUCACAAACAGGAACGCGACUUCAAAAAAUACUGCGAAAAACAUGCGCCAAAGCUCAGGAAAUCGAAUCCAGGAGUUUUGGGCAAUUCCGGACUCUCGAAUGAAACGAAGAAUUCAUCGAUACCGACGGAAAACGACCAAGUUUAG